UUCCACAACAUCAUGAACUGGUACUGCUCAUCAAAGUUUCUUUGCUGGUUCUUUCGUCUCGCUUAGAUCUGUUUACAUUCUGUAACAAAAAGUGUGUGUGAACGUUCGUUAUUUUAUGCCCGGAAAACACACCAGCAUGCUGUACAACACAGUCUACAGGAAAGUCUUGAACGUAGUGUACUAGCUUGCUUGCAAUUCUCAGAUAGGAUGGGUAAGAGUAGAAGUCAACUGAAUCAACGUUAGUGGUGGUUACGCAUAAUUCAUUAGAUUAUUAGACUUACUUAACUUUCAAAAACUCAUUUAGUGGGUUUAGUGACAAGGGAACGUCAGUUACAAAUGGACGUGCGAUAUGCACGCUUCUGAACAACGCCAAAACAAAAGAGUGACCUGUUCCAGGCAGACCCCACGGCCACGAAAUGUGCCUUCACGUAAAUUUACCUAUCGAGUUGGAUACACCUGGAACAGGGGUGGAAGGCUGAAGGAGCUUCGAAUCAGACACCUUGCAAGGAAAUACUUCUGUAUAUGGAGGCGAAAAACUUUCGGAAGAAUUUCUCCAGCCAAAGCCAGAUCUCAUUUCCGGAAAAUAGUCUUGGGCAAGGCCCUGGAACAGUGGAAGGAUGUUUGGUGGUACUGCAGAAAGGAGUGGAGCCUUGCAAUACGGGCAGAUUGUCAUUACAGGUACUGUCUCUACCUCAAAAUCUUCCGCACGUGGAGGGUGUUUACCCUGGAUCAGAAAGAGAAAAACAAGAAAUGCCAAAUAGCUACAAACUUUGCUCACAGACAACGGUUACGUCUGGUAUGGGACUGCUGGGAGGUGUAUGUGGAAAGCCAGCGCAUGAAACGGGACAUGCAGGACACAGCUUCACAACAGAGCACCAUCUUCUGUGUCAGAUGGGCGUGGGUAACAUGGAGGAGUGCUCUUCAGCGGAGAUAUACUGAGCAGAAGCAGGAUGAAGAGGCUCUCCACCAUUGGGCAUCACUCACCCAGGGCAGAGCGUGGCUGCGGUGGAGGCAGCGCAUGCUGCAGGCGGAGCAGGAGAGGGACCAGGAGGCCCGUGCUCGACUGCACGCCUGCAGGAGGCUCUGCAGGAAAGCCCUGCACCACUGGCUCACCUACGCACAGCACUGCCGCUCCUCCAGGGAGCCCAAAGGUGUAGCUGACGGUGUGUGGCGCCACACCCUGGCCUGGCGCUACUGGCGGCGGUGGCUUCAGGAGUGGCAAGGCAGGCGGAGGGAGCGGGACCAGCAGCUGGUGGUCAAACAGCGGGCAGAGCUUGGCAUCCAACGCUGGGCUCUCGGGGAGUGGAGACAAUAUAUGAGAAUACAAGCAGAGCAGGCUGAGAAGCUGGAGGCUGCUGCUCAACACCAUCAUCGCCACCUGCUGAGAAGUGUUGUGAGAGGACUGUCUGUGAAUGUCUCCCGGAGUAAAACCUAUCGCCUCAACAAUCACCUGGCCCUACAGCACUACGACCAGACUGUUCUGCGGUGGUCUUGGGGCCUGUGGCAGCAGCAUGUGGAGCAGAGAGAGAACAGCCACCUGGAACCCCAGAUCAGCUCAGCACUGCGCCAACACAGCAAUACUGUGCUAAGGCAUCACCUGAACCUAUGGAAAGACCGCUUUAAAGAAUGCAUGUACAUAAAGGACCUGAGUCACCAAGCAGACGCAUGGUUUGCGAAGUGUACCCUACCUCAGUACUUUAGUGCCUGGAUGGUGUUCACAGAAUACAGCAAGACAUACGGGGAUAGGAAGAAGGAAGCCCAGCUAUUCAACCAACGUCGCGUCUGCUCCUGGGCCUUCUACACCUGGUGGGCACGCUCAGACGAGGAGAAAGACUUCAGACUGGCGGAAAGAACAGCCGUGCUGCAUGAGGAGCAGGUGAGUGCGAGGCGCAUAUGGGAGCACUGGAGGCAGGCAGCCCAGGUUAAAGCACAGGAGAGAGAGAGGGCUGCAGCUGCUGAUGAGAUGCACAGCCACACACUGCUGAGACGAGCGCUCCAUCUGUGGAGAACCAGGACCAAGGGCAUCCAGACCAGCCAUCAACAAGAGAAGCUGGCCAAGCGCCAUGUUUACCUGCAGCGUGCACAACGCGUCUGGACCACCUGGCAGAAGUUUGUCAAAAGGAAGAGGGAGAAGAAGAAGAGACUGGAGGCGGUAGACCAUCAUCACAACUCCAGGCUUCUCACCAAGUCUCUACAGGCCUGGAAGGAGCACCAUCUUCAGACUCAGCAGGUGUACAGCAGUGCUGAGGAGUCCCAUCGCAGCCAGAAACAGCAACGACUAAGGGAAUUUUUUCUCCUGUGGAGGAACAACGCUACCCUGUUGGCUGGGGAGAGAAGUGCGGAGGAGAGAGCAGCGCUUCAUCACAAACACAGACUUGUGGCGAAGAUCUUGUUGGCAUGGCGACAUGUCACUGUUGAGAGGAAGCAACAGCACACACAUGAUGAGAUGGCCCUGUCACAAGCCCAAGUGGCACUAAACAGACGUGGUUUGCAAGUGGCCUUGCUCCAGUGGAGGGAGCGGAGCAGGCUCAUGAGGACGGAGAGGGCAAAGGAAGAGGAGGCCGCCCACCUGCACAGCCAAACACUACUCAGGAAAUGCCUCCACUCAUGGAGCUGCUGGCACCGACAGCAGAAGACACAGCAGGUCAUGAAGGAGAAGGCCAAUGCACUGUUCCGGCAGAGGACCUGUCGUGUAUUCUUCACACGCUGGGAAGCUGCACUGGAGACCAGUCGGAGAGAGGCAGAGUGGACAGAGAAGGCUCUUUGGCACUGGUCCCUCGGCUUGCAGGCCAAGGUACUGGACGCCUGGAGGGCGUGGCUGCUGGACAGGAAGAGGAAGCAGCAGCGUCUGGCCGCCGCCUCUCAGGUCUUCCGAGGACACCUGCUGAGGGAAGGCAUCACUCACAUCCUCACCUACGCAGAGCACAUGGACCGCUUCACAGCCAGCCUGGCCCAGACCACCCAGGAACAGAGUUGUCGGCGGCUGCAGGCCGUGGUGAGGAGAUGUGCGCUGCGCUGGAAGCUGCGGGCGCUCUGCAGCUCCAGAGGACAGGAAGAGAUCAGUAAUAAUAAAGCCACCAAGACUCAAAAGAAGAGCGUGAGCUUCAGUCUGCCAAAGGACUUGGCCGUCCAGGACGCGGCCGCCAGCCUCUUUACCCAGAGCACUUCCCAGAGCGGCACAGCGCCCCUGGCUGACCUCGGUGGAACUGUGAUGCCACAUCUGCCCGUUGAGUUGCAGCCAAUGAAACUGCCACGGGCCGAGAUGGGCCAGGGAGAUCAUUCCGUCAGAGAACAGCUGUCGUUUUUAAAACGCUCCAUGAUUCCCCCUCGGAUCCCAGCGUUUUUACUUGAUCCACUUGGACAACACCAAAUAGGGAGCGAAGUACAGGACAGCAGCCAGACGACUCGCCCUUGUGCAGACUCUGCAUCACUGUGCCAGGCUAAUGGAGAGCAGGAGCGUGCCACCUCUGUGCCAGUCUCCCACUCACAUAUGCCCGCUAACCUAACCUCUAUGGCAGCCAUGCACUCUGCCAGCGCUGGGCAUUUGACUACUGAUUGUGCUCCAGUCUCACCGAGCCCCGCUCCUGCCGCGCCCAGCCCUCCGCACCCUCUGCCACUUCCUGUGGGCACCUCAGGGAUCUCGCUCUCCUACCCCCCGCGGCUUGCCACGCCAGUGCCCAGCACUUCACAGAAACCAGCAGCCUCACUACUACAGUCAGACACCAGCAGUGAUGUGUUGCUGACGCCAUCUGCGUUUAUGGUUCCCCAUGCACCGUCCAUGGAAAAGGAUUCCAGGCUGAAGCUGAUGGAAUCUCAUAUGCACUUAAGCAAACCCUCUCCACCGAUAGGUUUGUAUGCAGGCAGAUCAAAGCAGGUGGUGGAGGAGGAGGUUGGUGAUGAUGAUGAUGAUGAGCAGCGUAGUGCUGAAGAGGCUCUGCGGACCACGUCACUCACACGAGAGCUCAUAAGCAUCCAGCUGGACAUGCAGCGCUACCAGCAUGACCGGACACAACUGAGCACGUGGCGUAAGCAGGAGCAUGUGCUGAGGAGCUGGCUGGAGACCACAGGAGGGGAAGUGGAGGCCGCAGAGACCCUCAAUGUCCAGCAGGAGCUGAGCGAGCUUGAGCUGAACAUUGAGCAUCUCUCUGAACUUCAGGCCAAUCAGAAGCUCCUGAUGAUGCGCCACGGAGCCCGCAUUCAGAGCAUUGAAGGCUUCCUCAAGCGCCAGAGACUCAAGGCUGAUGCUGUACAUUAGAUGCCUAACCUUUGACCUACGACCUCCAAGGAGAGCUGAGAUGUGUCUUCAUUAUUCACCCUGCUGUAACAGACAUAAUAUUGCCAUUCAGAGUAGAGAUAUUUUGUCUUAUAUGGACAACCAUUCUUUGUCUUCACCAUGGACAUGGUCAUGCACAAACGUACAUAGAUGUACCCUUUGUAUGCCUGUUAUUGUGACACUGUUAAAGUUGCAGCACAUUUAAUAUUGGGGCCAUUAAGUCCACAUGUGUCGUUGAAUGCUGUAAACAUGUAAGAUGUACAGAAAAUCGCAACGAUGUUACCUGUCCAGGAAUAUACUUGGGAGUGGUUCACUUUCGGGAGAGUUGUUUUGUAAAAUGUUGACUGCAUUGCAUUGACACACAGCCAUUCUCCAAAUAUCCACUAUGGUCAUAAACGUACAUGAAUGUGCCUUUGUUUUAUAACGUAUGAGACUGAUUUGUAAGUGCUGCAACUGCGAGUACAUAUUGUAUUAUGCACAUUGACUCCACUGUUGUGACUAGUAAACAAAAUGAUUAGCCAAAACAAUGUUUUUACGAGAGGAAUUCAACGGUAUUUUGUAAUGAAAGUAAUAAAAACUGUUUGUCAAAAAAUA